GUCGGGGUAUUGUUUUUUUUUGUUUUUUUUUUUCUGUUUUGUUGGUGCUGUUGUGCUGCUGCUUUACAUGGGGGACUGUGGAAGAAUGAUAUCAUUGAUUUUUCUUAGGGUUUCAACUUCGGAGGUCUCGGUGCCUUCGCGUUGUUUGCUAGAUUUGGCUUGAGGUAGAGUUCGCGGGGGGGUUCUGUUUUCGUUCCACAGUUUUUUCCCUCCUCUGCUGACUCGAGUUUUGCAAUGCCUUGUCUUCUUGGCCAAGUCGUUUUCGGGUGAUUUGCAUUGGACCUCUCAGCCAUGUCACGUGUUUGCGUCGGGAACUGAGCCCCUUCGGGCUGUCGAGAGAGGGGACAGGGAGCUGGAAGAACGACAGAAGAGUGGUGGUGAGCAGCUCGGUGGGAGGUUGUGGCUGCAGGUCUUACGAGGUCGGUGAAGUGUAGUUUCGUUGGUUUGAGGCAAGGGACGUAUUAUUCAAGGAUGGCGGAAUCCCAGUCCUCUCUUACGACUGCUUCGGGCUCAGUUUGGACGCGGGAACAAGAUAAAGAGUUUGAGAAUGCAUUAAACAACUUUGAUGAAGAUACUCCGAAUCGAUGGGAACAGAUUGCGGCAGUGGUGACUGGGAAGGACGCAGCUGAAGUUAAGAGGCACUAUGAAAUAUUGCAAGAGGAUGUUAAUUUGAUAGACUCAGGACGAGUUGCACUUCCUAAUUACAGUUUGUCGUCCCUCUCGUUAUCUGAGGAGGGAGCAGCAUCUGACAGUCCAGGUGUGAAAAAAGGGACCUCGUUCUCUGGGCAAGUAUCAGGACCUAGCGCGAAUGCUAAUGGCAAUGGAAAUGCUGCGUUGGGUGGGAAGGGCAUGUCAUCAAAAUCCGCAGAUCAAGAGCGGAGGAAGGGUAUUCCUUGGUCAGAAGAGGAACACAGGCUAUUUUUGUUAGGAUUGGCCAAAUUUGGAAAGGGUGACUGGCGGAGUAUAUCUCGGAAUUUUGUUAUUUCAAGAACUCCUACACAGGUUGCAAGUCACGCUCAGAAGUACUUCAUAAGAUUGAAUUCCAUCAACAAAGAUAAGCGAAGAUCCAGUAUUCAUGAUAUCACAAGUGUGAAUAAUGGAGAUGCUGCUCAACAAGGGCAAGGCCCUAUUACUGGUCAGCCCGGACCCGGCUCUGCUACGGGGCAACCAAUUCCAGGGGGGAUGCAACCAGGAAUGUAUCCUGGUCAGCAAAUGAUUGGCCAACCACCGGCUGUUGGUGCUCCCGUUAUGUUGCCACCUCCAGGGCACGUCUCGUAUGGACCCAGGGGACAUCUUCCAAGGCCUGUGAUGCCUGGUCAGCAGAUGGGAAUGGCACCCCAUAUGUCGUAUCCAAUGUCACAGCCAGGUAUGCAUCAUUGAUAAGGCCUUGGUUAAGUGUUUCUAAAAUCUGUUAGUGGAGCCCUUGUUAUGAAUUGGGAUUAAAACACAUUGUGUGCCCACGUUUGUAUUUGUACAUCAGUUUGUGGCCCAUGAAACAGAGCAACGAAAGUUGCUGGUUGGUUUGUUAUAGGUAGGCAAGAAAGGCUGCCUUGUAAUAUAGUUUCUUCACGUGCAAUAAAAUCUAGCCAACAGUGCUUACAAUCAAGUUUUCGUUUCUUUUGAGACAUUUGUCUUGGAGAUCGGAUACACGGCUUCGCAGCACUUCUGAGGUCUAGUAUUUAUGCUUGUAAA